GUAACUGAGGAGUCAGUGCCAGGAUUGAUUCAGUAGCAGCAUCACGUGUCAUUAUUGUUGCCAUAUUGUUAGUCACUGCUGCCACCCUGCUGCCUUAAAUGAGACAGUGAAGUCAUGCAGGUGGAGAGGAAAUGGCACAUACUGUUGACUAUCUUCUUUCUGCUCAUCACCUCGGGCCAGUGCAUGGACAGCAAGGAGGUCAAGCAGAAAGAAAGAAGGACCCUGUUGGAUCUAAUCUUACAGGUUAUAAGAGACAGCCAGCAACGGGACAAACCCGUCUCCAGGCGCUGUAACAGUGGACUCUUCACUUCAGCACAAGACAUGAAGUUCUCCUCCCGUGAAAAGCCUUUCUAUGUUCCAAGGCUGGAUAACAGUAGACUCAUAGAAAUUGUUCCUAGAGAUGUAAACAUGAAAGGCAAAUUCAUUCAGCAUUUCACAGCAGGACCAGUCAAGUUCUCGUCGGAGUGCAGAACACACUUUCAUAGACUUUAUCACAACACAAGGGAUUGCUCAACACCACAAUAUUACAAAAGAUGUGCAAGAUUGCUAACACGAUUAGCAAUGAGUCCACUCUGCAUGCAGUCGUAGAUAUUGCAUAUUCCAAAAUAAUGGAAGAGGGAUCAAUGUGUUGCCAAGGAAGUGCCUUCAAAUCCACAGCAAUCAUAUGAACAUUGUUGUGUUUAUAGUGUUUCUGUUUUUGUUGUUCUUCUUGUCAUUACUGAAAAUGCUGAUGGACAUUGCUGGUUGUUCUUGAAUGGAUUUGCUUUUUAUUUUAAUGUACCUGUAUGUACCAUAUAUUUGUAAGGAAACAUUAAUUUAAUAUUAAAUACACCUAUUUAUUGAAAUGGUAUGUAUAUAAUUUCACAAUCAUUACAAAUCUGAUUAUUUUGGUUAUAAAAGUUCUAUCUUAAGGAGAGAAAGCUUUUCUUUUAUUUUUCUCUCUCUAUAUGAAUUCUUCUUCCGCUAUUAUGCUGAUAUUAUAUUCUGAAACUGGUCUGAAAGAUUUUUCAUGCUUCCCUCAUUGUCUUCAUUACAUUUUAUUUGGCACUUGAGUGAUUGCUGACAAUGUGAGAACAUAUGGAAUGACAACAGUGGUGAUAAUGCACUGCAGUAUUGAACAAUAAAGAAUAUUGAAGCACA